GAUAUUUGCAUGCAUAUAAAAAAUAGACUCUCUCUAUCUCUCUCUCUCAAUAUAUAAAACACCAUUUCCGAUCAAUUUCUAUGAAUUUGUUUAACAUAUUUCCUUAGCCUCGGAGUCCUAUUCAAGCAAUCACCUGUGCCAAUUGGAGAUGUCUAAGAAAGUGGUAGUAAAAGUAGCAGUUCAAGAUGAGAAAGGGAAGCAGAAGGCUAUGAAGGCAGUUUCUAGCCUACCAGGAAUCGAAUCGCUUGCGAUAGACAUGAAUGAGAAGAAAAUGACAGUGAUAGGGAAUGUGGAUCCAGUGGAAAUUGUGAACAAAUUGAAGAAAUCAUGGUGCCCACAAAUACUAACAGUGGGGCCCGCAAAAGAACCAGAGAAGAAGGAUGGUGAGAAGAAAGACGAAAAGAAAGGAGAUGAAAAGAAGGAUGAAAAAAAGGAUGAUCCUAAGAAAACUGAGAGUGAACAAAUUGCAGAACUACUCAAAUUGUAUAAGAAUUACAACCCUUAUGCCACACAAUACUACCAUGUCUAUAGCUCUGAGGAAAACCCUAAUGCUUGUGUCAUUUCUUGAUACUAAUAAUUAUCUCUCUUAUUGAGCUGUGCAUAGUAUUGUUGAGGCUGGAUUUUAUCAUGUAUAGAUAGCAAACAAUUAAAGUAUUGCAUUGUUUAUAAGUGUAUAGAUUGAAAGAGACAA